AUGGCGAAAUUUAUUAGAUUUUCAGAAUUUUCUCAGAGUUUAAGAUGCUUUUCUAAAGGCAAAUUUUCUGAAGUACAAAAUCAGUUCUUCCAACAAUUUUGCAAUGUUAAUCAAAACAUUCCAAUUUCAUCAAAUUUCCGAAAUUUGUCUGAAGAGAAUAUGAAAGAUAAGCAAAACAAUUUGCCACCAGAACCACCCAAUCCAGCAGAUUGUUGUGAAGAUGGUUGUGCAAAUUGUGUUUGGUUUAAUUAUGUUACAGAAGUUAAAUUUUAUUAUAAAAAUGAUAAUAAAAAACUGCAAGAGGCCUUUGAAAUUAUUCCAAAUGUUGAACAUCGAGAAUUUGUAAAGAUUUCUUUAAAAGAACUUGAAACAGAAAGAACUAGCUCACCCUAG